UAAGUUAGUAUUCUGAGGGCAAAAUAAUUUCAAAUUUUAUGCUUUCAAAGGACAGUGAAAACUGAAGAUGCUCAGCUCCCCAAAAUGAGAAAGGAAAGAAGAAAAGUCUGUAAAAAAUGGAAAAUCUUGAAUCCCACAGUAUGUGUACCUCAACCUGAUAAUCAAGCAUACCAAAAAAAUAUAAAAGAUCUUGAAAAGGAAGUCAAAGGAGAUACCCCAAAGGCUGUGCUUCAUCCGACUAAGGCCUUAGGGAAAUCUAAGGGAAAUGGAGAUGUGCAUACAUCUGCUUCUAUGAAUGGAAAAGAGAAUUCCCCUUUCCUUCCUAAAGAUAAUAAACAACUUUCACCUGACAGCAAAAUAAGUAGGGAGAAGGAAAAUGAUCAUCUUCUUCCAUCCAUUUCUCAUCAACGAGACGAAGUAUUAUCAGCGGCUAUGUUUAAUGCCUGUGAAGAAUCAUUAUCAGGAAAAAUUACCCUGCAGGAUUUCCCAGACACAGUGGAAGCCCUUAAACCAACAAAAGGCAAAAUCAUUACAGAAGUAAAAUGUGGGGCUUUCAGCAUGCAAGUAGAAAUCAAGAACAGAUUUUUCUGUAAAACAGAAAUGCAGUUCCCAACAAAAAGGAGAUGUCCAAUAUGUCGCCAACAUUACUUUUCCAGACACAUUCAGAAAUGGUACACUUCUAGAAGCUGCUCUUCCAGAUGUAGGAAUGUGUUGGUAGAAGAACUAAAACCUGAGGAGGCAUCCAAGUCUGAAGAAAUUGCCAGAAUGGAGAGACCCUCCCUAAAGGUAAGCAUUGUGGAAAAAGGAAUUAAAGUUAAAUACAUGAGUAAGAAACAGAACAUAUUAAUUAAUAUAAUUCAUCCUAAAAGAAAGGGGAAAACAGCUAAAUACAAAAACAUUUCCUCCAAUCACACUACUAAAGAAUGUUCCAGGUCUUCUGCACCAUCUGAAAUUAGGCACCCUGAAAAGUGGCAGCUUGAGAACAAGCAUCAGAGUUCAGAAGGUUUGCCUGUCUCUCCUCCUAUUGUGUUUGCUGUGCAGAAGGAGAAGAAUAUCGACACAGCUGUGGAUUUUCUGUGCUCAACCCCUGAGAGGGAGAAGAAUAACCCUGAUACAGUAUCUCCAGUUUUAGAUCACCGUGAGGUAGAAUCUGCCAUCUCUCAGCAGGAGGACUUCAAAAUUAGUCAGAGCACUCUCAAAAAAAAACCCUUCUCUGAGGCUAAGGCUCCUCUCAAAAACAUUCUUCCUACUUUACAAGACACCCUGAAGACCACAGGGUUAAGAAAAAUGGACUUACAGAAAAUGUCUUUUGAGGAUCCCAAGGAUGUGGACCAAGAGACAAAAGUCAUCUUUGAUAUGCCAGAAGAUAUCAUAUCAGACUUAUGUAUCAGGCAAAGCACAGAAGAAAUAAAUUAUUUGCCAAGUGCCAUGACUGGUACCUUCCCCGUUCAAGGUGGCAAAGACUCUGCCUUACGUUCUUUGUCUUCUCCGAGCAUGCAGCUGGUAGGAGAAAAGGCAGCCGACAUUUAUUACAAAGGCAGCAAAAUUCCACUUGCAGAUUGUUGUGAGAAAUCAACCUCUUUACCUUUGCCUUCUAGUCAAAACGCUCUCGGGUCUUCCACCUCAUUCGGCCCAUCCCCCUGGGCCACCAGACAUUCAGAACCUAAAGAAAUCCCUGGGGAUACAUUUUCCUUUGAUCACUGUGUUGAGUCUUUAAAAAACUGUGAGGAAGAGCAUGUUGAUGUGACUGACAGAGACUUUCACAAAGCCACCUUACAUAGUGACUCUUGUAUAACAGGAGAGCAACUGUUGGAAAUGAAGAGUACACAGUGCCCGACCCUCAGCCCUGCUUCCUUCAGCAGCCUCUCUGCAGGCAGCCCCCUCAACGGUAGCAGCCACAGCACUGUGGAAUGGGGUCCAGCAAAACCCCAGGCAAGCCAUCCAGAGACAGCAGCUCUCAGCACAACAACAGAGCUAGUCAUGUCCUUAGUAUCUGAUGCGUUAGAGCAAAGAUUGAUUAUUCAAAACGAUAAAGAAGGCAUGGUUUAUUCCAAUUGUCCCAUGGGAAUGAAAACUCCUGAAGACUCAUGCAACUCUCUGGGAAAUGAUGAAAAAGACAAAUUCCAAGUAAUGCCAGUAGUAAAGGAUGCAUGCCAUAGAGACUUUGAAGACCUAUCAAAUGAGAAUCAUGAUGAAGUCGGUUUUCCAAUGGAUUUUCCGAACACUGCUGAGUUCAGCUGCACAGCAUGUGCUACAGAUAAACUGUUUGUUAUCAAGAAAACACUGACCAAUGAUGCAGACCAAUAUGGCAACCAAGAUGAAAAAGGCCUUGGUCUAACCAGCUUUAAACAGGAGCCAACAGAGUGCCAAAGGAUUGCAUCGACAAAGCCAAAUUCUGAAGGAGAUCGAAAUGACCCAAAGGAAACUUACUAUCACCAAAUAGAUGUAUUAUUGUCGCCUCAGAAGCAGAAGGCCUUGGCAGAUUGGAAUUUGGAAAUAAAUAGCCUCCGCAAAUUAUCCCAGGAAUGGGCUCCAAGAGGAACAAGGGUCAGCGAUGGUUCCCAAGAAGAAGCAAUAGACCAGUGGGCCAGGAGGAGGCAGCAGUUCAAAGAUGGCAAAAGAUGCAGUUCAGCAGGGGGGAGUUCAUUUACCAGCAACAUCACUGAAGGAUCCAUCACUUCAGAAGAUGGCUGCUCUGUGGAUCUUGGCUUUCGAGUUGAUCUUGAAGAGAAAGGAUUCUACACAGAGAAUUUCCAUUCAGCAGCAUGGGUUUUCCGAGGGGAUGACGGGAAUCCGGAGGACAGUCCCAGAUGUCUUAGCAAAAAACCCCGUCCAGUAGCUGUUCGCGAGCGAACGGUGAGACUGUUCAAAGGAACUGGUGAUUAUCCCUGGGGAUUCCGAAUUCAAUUCUCCAAACCAAUCGUGGUAACUGAAGUGGACGCUAACAGCGCCGCGGAGGAAGCCGGGCUCCAGAUCGGAGAUGUGGUGCUGGCUGUCAACGGCACGGAGGUCACCAGCGUGGAGCACGCAGAAGCUGUGCACCUUGCAAGGAAAGGUCCUGACAUCUUGACUCUGGUGGUGGGAUCUGACAUCAGUCGCUGUCCCAACACCCCGCGGCCCACCUGCCGCGGCUACCUACAUAAAAGGACUCACUCGGGUUUUGUGAAGGGUUGGAGGAAGAGGUGGUUUGUGCUGAAGCAUGACGGCUGCCUCCACUAUUACAGACAUAAGAAGGAUGAAGGAAAAUGCUCGCCUCUGGAAGUAAUAAAAUUAGAAGGUGCAGAAGUUGGCAUGGAUAGCAGUUUGGGAAAACCAUUUGUGUUCAACUGUAUGCCUCAGUCUGGAAAUAGGACUUUUUGCUUCUGUGCAACCUCAAACCAAGAAAUGAAAAGGUGGCUCCAGGCAAUGGACAAAGCAGCCCAUCCCGUCCGCCAGACCCAUGUGUGGGAAGAUGUUACUCUGCACAACAGUAGCCUCCCACCCCUGGCUAUCAAGAACCCAGAGUGCCUGGGCCUUUUGCACCAGUCGGACGGAAGCACAGAUAGGUGGGUCCAGCACUACUGCAUUCUGAAGGACGGCUGCUUGUACUUCUAUGCUAGCAUUCGCUCCACCCAGGCUUCAGGUGGCCUGUAUCUACAAGGAUAUAAGGUGAAUGAGCAGACCCUAAGCUUCAAGCAGUCAGUAAUUGAACUCGAACCUCCAUCUGAAGAGUUCAAGACUUUCUAUUUCUGCGCAGAGAAUAAGACAGAGAACCAACGCUGGAUUACGGCUCUGAAAGCAUCCAUCAAAAAGUGGGUUCCUUUGCAUCAGGCUAUUCAAGACUUCAUGAACCGACCUCUAGAGGAGACCAGAAUGUGAAAGAAACCCUCAUCUUAAGAGAAGGGGCCCACAGAUCAUCACCGAUCUGCUGUGGGAAGAAACAAAAGCAUUUUUUGUUAUAUAGCAUUUAACUGAAUGCUCCUCAGAUACACUAAAGCUUUGUGGUAAGAUCAUAACUUUGUUUUUGAACCAACGCUCCAAAAUCUAAUCUAACAUUCAGGAAAUACAACUUACGUCAACAUCAUUAAUCCCCACCCCCAUGUUUUUGCCCCUCAGGCUGCACAUGUUAGCAUCAAAAUGUAGUAUGUCCCA